GGUUACAGUUUUGUUGUCUUUGUGUAAAGGAGUGGAGCUCGAUCUCGCAUCACUCUUCCCUCUUCCCCGAGUCCUUUCUAAACUCUCCCCCGGGUUUUUACCCUCCCGAACCUCUCCCCUUCUACCCUUACAACCCCAACCCUCCCCCCGAUCAGUCGGCAGCGCUCUAAGCAGAUCCAUCUCGGUGACCAAAGAUUCUCAGUUUCUGUACGGACCACUAUAGUUGCAGUUAUGGACUCCGGAGUAAUUGAAGGCGGACUCAAUGUCACCCUUACUAUAAGGCUGCUCAUGCACGGCAAGGAGGUUGGAAGUAUAAUUGGAAAGAAGGGUGAAUCUGUGAAGAAGAUGAGAGAAGAGAGUGGAGCUCGCAUUAACAUCUCUGAAGGCAAUUGUCCUGAACGGAUCAUCACUUUGGCAGGUCCGACGACGGCCAUCUUUAAAGCGUUCUCUAUGAUUAUAGAGAAGUUGGAAGAGGAUAUCAGCAGCUCAAUGACAAACAGCACAGCUACCAGCAAGCCUCCAGUGACUCUACGCAUCGUAGUGCCUGCCAGCCAGUGUGGCUCGCUCAUUGGGAAAGGUGGCUGCAAGAUCAAAGAAAUUCGAGAGUCAACUGGUGCUCAGGUACAAGUGGCGGGAGACAUGCUUCCCAACUCCACAGAGCGUGCCAUCACCAUCGCUGGAACUCCGCAGUCAAUAAUUGAGUGUGUUAAGCAGAUCUGCGUGGUCAUGCUUGAGUCUCCCCCUAAGGGGGUCACCAUCCCCUACCGACCCAAGCCUUCAGGAUCACCUGUCAUCUUUGCAGGCGGACAGGCCUAUGCUGUACAAGGACAGCACGCGAUCCCACAGCCAGAUUCUUCCUCUGCUGCUAUUUCUCCACAGCUCACCAAGCUUCACCAGCUGGCUAUGCAGCAGAGCCCUUUCCCUAUUGCACCAGGCAACCAGGGAUUCACUGGGAUAGAUGCUUCUGCUCAGACUAGUUCACAUGAGAUGACCAUUCCAAAUGAUCUGAUUGGAUGCAUCAUUGGCCGCCAGGGAGCCAAGAUCAAUGAGAUCAGGCAAAUGUCUGGAGCCCAGAUCAAGAUCGCAAAUCCAGUGGAUGGAUCAACUGACCGGCAGGUUACCAUCACAGGCUCGCCCGCCAGCAUCAGUCUGGCAGAGUACCUCAUCAAUGCAAGGCUUUCCUCUGAGGCCACGGGACUGGCAGCCAACUGAUAAGACACAGCAUCUGCACUAAAUCACAUUUUUAUAUCAUUGGCUACCGUAAAAAUUCAGGCAAUGCAACUAUACAACUUCAGAGUUUAUAUAAUGUACAUCCUCUUUUCUCAUUUGAAAUCAUGUCAACUGAUUUGAUCUGCUGAGUUCCUUAUUUAUUUUUUUUUGUUUGGGUUUGAUUUUAGUAAAAGAAAAAAGAAAAAAAGCAGAAAAUUAGGUUUUUAAUUCUGUUUUUGAGUCGAGUUACAGAUUUUAAUGUUAUUAGGCUUGUUUUCUCACUUCCUUUUAAGUUUUUUUGUUUUGUUUUUUUUUUGCCAUGACAGAAAGUAGAGUUGGAAAACUCUGAUUUAGGGCAUAUAGACUUAGUUCUGUACAGUCAUUUAUUUUUUUCUUUGAACAGGAAAAGAGGAAAAAUAAAACGUAUCAAAAGUAAGAAUAGAGUGACUGUUUUAUUCUGUCUAUAUACAUGAUUUUUAUCUUCUUUUUAUUCCUACCUGUUGGGUUUUUCAUGUACUUGCUUUAAGAAUACACAGCAUCCUCACCCUGUGUCACCUUCUUCAACUGAAGUGCAUCCGAAGUGCUUGUAACACUUAAUGUCACCUGAUGAGAAGACGUAGCUGUAGCUGCACUAUCACAGAAUAUAUUUGGUUAUGAAGACAAAUGUUCUAACACUCAGAUUAAUUUAUUCAGAUGUGUAUUACAAAGCAUGUCAUGUUUCCUCUCCUCCAUGUCAUUCCGUUGUAUUUUCGCCCUUCCCCCCUCUCCUGGUCCUCAGAUCAUUUGUUGAUUAUUUGCUGGUUUUGGAGGAUUUUGUUGGGGGGUGGUGGGGGAUGUGUUUCGGGCUUGGCUCAAGGGAUCAGGAUCAGAGGGUUAUCCUCAAUUUUUUCUUUUGUAUAAAUUGAUAUAUACUGAAAAAGAAAAAAAGUUGGAAUAUUUGUUUUAAAUGGAAGAAUUAUUUUUUUUAACUACCAAAGUGGAAAUAACUUCUGGACACUGAAUUUUUGUCUAAUAAAUGUAAAUGAGGCUGAGGAGUGAACCCGUAUGAAGGAGACAAAGAAAAGGGUUGUGAGUUAACACUAAAUUCCUGCUCUUUGCUUUGCUCAACUCAGAACUUAUUUUAUUUUUUAUUUGCAGGACAGAAAAAAAAAAAAUUGUGCACGUUCUUUGAGACUGUAGACCUGGGUGCCACAUUGUUUAAAAAAAAUGCAUAAAUAAAGAUGUGAAAUGCUCAAAA